AUGGCCACCCUGCGCCGGGACGGCCGCCUCACCGCCCUGCAGCGCCUGGGCUGCGCCGGGCUGGCGGGCGCGCUCAGCCUCAGCCUGACGGCGCCGCUGGAGCUGCUGACGGUGCUGGCGCAGGUGGGCACCUGGCACUGCCGGCGGGGGCUGCGCGACGCCGGGCGCAGCCUGUGCCGCACCGAGGGCGUGCGGGCCCUCUGGAAGGGGAAUCUGACGGCCUGCCUGCGCCUCUGCCCCUACAGCGCCCUGCAGCUCGCCGCCUCCCGCCGACUUGUUACCCUUUCCAUGGAUGAGCUGGGUCACAUUUCCCACUGGAGAGCCAUCAUGGCAGGCAGCCUGGCUGGGAUGGUGGCCACCACCGUGACGCACCCCAGCGACGUGGUGAAAACGCGGCUCAUCGUGCAGAACCGCCUGGAGCCGUCCUACCAAGGGAUUCUCCACGCCUUCUACCAGAUCUAUCACCAGGAGGGGCUCCGUGCACUCUACCGGGGUGUCUCACCAGCAAUAUUAGGUGCUGUUCCAUUUUCUGCAGGCUCAUUCUUUGUUUACAUCAAUCUGGACACAAUCUGGCAAGAGCCCAUAGUUCGUUUCACUCCUCUUCAGAACUUUGUAAAUGGCUGUGUGGCAGCUGCUGUGGCACAGACACUUUCUUUCCCCUUUGAAACGGUCAAGAGGAAGAUGCAGGCCCAGAGCCCUUGGCUUCCCCACUAUGGAGGAGUUGAUGUCCAUUUCACUGGCAUGGCUGACUGCUUCCGGCAGACCGUGAAGCACAAAGGUGUGCUUGGACUUUGGAGAGGACUCACACCCAGUCUGCUCAAGAUUGUGCCAUACUUCGGUGUUAUGUUCAGCACCUUUGAAUUCUGCAAGCGGGUUUGUCUCUACAGAAAUGGUUAUAUUCAAUCUCCUUUAAAUUACAAGCUAACACCUGGUGUUGACCAGAGCUUACACCCACAAGAACUGAGAGAAUUAAAGCUCCUCCGAAGAGAAAAUUUUGAGCCGAGGAAAUCAGCACUUGAAAACUGACAUCAGAGUGUCCACUGCAGAUACAGAAACACCUUUGCAAGAAAGACAUGCUGAGCUACAGGUACUGACAUUUCA